CUACCACCAUCUCUGAACCUCGAGUGUCGUUCGAUGCUUUCCCUUGGCGCUGCUAGUGUCGCUGUCCUUGCUCUUUCGAGCUUUCAAGCUACCGGAGUAGACGCGGCCUUUCAGUUGGUUCAAAAUCAUUCGGGUGUUGAUUUUUUGAAUAACUGGAUUUUCUAUGCCGGCAUCGACGCGAACAAUACCGGCAAUGUUCUAUUUCAGACGAAAGAGCAGGCACAACAGGAGCAGUUGACAUUCCUCAACUCGGCGGGCAAUUUCGUCAUCAAAGUUGAUAAUACUACUAACGGCCAAGGAAAUACAACAUUCGGCCGCAAUAGUGUGAAAAUCCUUAGUUCGUAUACGAUUUCGAGCGGCAAUCUUGUUCUAUUUGAUGCUUUCCACAUGCCUUAUGGAUGCUCAGUUUGGCCCGCGUUUUGGACACAAGGUCCUGUUUGGCCAGAUGAUGGUGAAAUAGACAUCGUAGAAGCUGUGAACAUGGAAACGACGAACAGUCUCUCCUUGCAUACUCUCAAUGGCUGCAAGCAUCCAGAUGCCUCCGUCUCAAAUAGUACUGAGACCGGAAACCUCAUUUCGACGGAUUGCUUCAACCAGACGAAUUUCAACCAGGGUUGUAUCGUCGAUGUGCCUGGCCCUUCAUACGGCGCAGCAUUCGCACAAUCCAACGGAGGUGUAUACGCACUCAAUUGGAACUCAUCGGGUAUCUUCAUUUGGUUCUUCCAGCGCGGAUCGAUACCCUCCGACCUUCCCACCGACUCGCCUAAUCCCGAUGGCUGGGGUUUACCAACAGCAGCAUACCCAGCUAGCAGCUGCGACUUCAAUACCUUUAUCAAACCUCAAACACUUAUCAUCGAUAUCACGAUCUGCGGCAACUUUGCUGGACAGCCGAACGUUUUCUCACAAACGUGCAGUGGGAACUGUCUAGACCUCGUUCAGACCCCUUCGAACUACAAUAAUGCGUACUUCGAGAUUGGGUAUAUUAAGGUGUUCCAGCAGUCGAAUGGAACUACGACUACAGUGUCGUCUACUUCGUCGGGCAAUGCUGCUGAAGCUACGACCUCGCAGGGCGGAUCAAAUCAAGGUAGUGAUGCUUCGCAGUUAGGUUCCCCGACUUCAUUGUUUAUGCUUACGCUUGUAUUUGGACUUCUUUUCGGAUACCUUUCUUGAUGACCUAAUUAUGAGAUGUUGAAAUGAUUUUAAUGUGCUUCUAUCGUGACGAUUUUCUUCAUCGGGACUUAUGAUACCUCUUCGCACGGACUAUUUGUUGUCGCUACCACCACCUGUUUCCUUGAUUUUAUGUAAGGUCGAAUGUACCCCCGCCCUAGUAUAGUCGAUUAGACCUUGCUUUCUACUGCUGUUCUUUAUUAUCUCAGAGUACAUGAUAUAUUUCAAAGUCUGUUGAAGACUUGUGUUUUC